CGCGAGCUUUAUCGGGUGUUCUAGAAGUGUAUAGAAAAGCCCGGAAGUUGACAGGUACUAAGUUCGAAAUUAAACAUCAAUUAGAAGGCCGAAGAAAACGCCAGAAGAAGCUAGACCCCAUCGUAGAGCCUCCUACAAAUAUCACCCGUCUUCAAACACUUCCCCCCAACACAGGAAUCUCAAAUCUGAAAAGCGCAGAUCAAUAGAAAGCUCAAUUCAAUCCCUUCUCAAUUCUUAGCUUUUUCUGUUCAGAAAGAUACGUAAUCGAGAAAAUGUCGUUGAUUCCAAGCUUUUUCGGUGGAAGACGGAGCAACGUAUUCGACCCAUUCUCUCUUGACAUUUGGGACCCAUUCGAAGGAUUCCCCUUCUCCACCAACACAGUUGCCAAUGUCCCCAACACGGCAAGGGAAACCUCCGCGUUCGCCGGAGCCCGGAUCGAUUGGAAAGAGACGCCGGAAGCCCACGUGUUCAAGGCGGAUCUUCCGGGACUGAAGAAAGAGGAAGUGAAGGUGGAAGUGGAAGAAGGCAGAGUACUGCAGAUCAGUGGGGAGAGGAGCCGGGAGCAGGAAGAGAAGAAUGACGAGUGGCACCGUUUGGAGAGAAGCAGCGGCAAGUUCCUGCGUCGGUUUAGGCUGCCGGAGAAUGCAAAGAUGGAUGGGGUGAAGGCCAGCAUGGAGAAUGGUGUGCUUACUGUGACUGUUCCCAAAGAGGAAGUCAAGAAACCUGAGGUUAAGGCCAUUGAUAUCUCUGGCUAAUUAUAGUACAUUGCUUUUCUGGUGUUUCCUUUCAUCAUCUGUAGUAGAGUACUACAUUGUUAAUCAUGUAAUUAAAGUCUUUUUUUUGUGCUUUGUUGUGCUUUGUCUGCCAUGGUGAACUUAACCGUGGCUCUGUGUAGUUUUUAAUGUGAGAAUUUGAAUUUGGAA